AUGUCCCCCGACCAAACCGCCACCGCCAUCUACCUCUCCCGCUUCCGCGACCGCAUCGCCACCAUCCGCCAAAACGUCACCGUCACAUCCCUUAAAGGCCGGUUCACCAACUCCAUCCCCAACACCCUCCGCCGCAGAGAUAGUCUAGGUCGCCGCGGAGAGCAUGCCCGUACCGCACUGUCUGCGUCGCUGGGUCUGUAUUACACCGGUGUGGAUAAGUCGGAGGAGGAUUUAAGGGAUAUGAGUCCUGUGGGGUGGGGGGAUGGAGAGGGGGAUGAUGGAGAUGGGGAUGGAGAUGGUGGGGAUGGUGAUGGGGAGGAUGGAAGGUCUGAUAGCAUGGAACCCCUCCGCCACCGAGAUCGCGACUCAAGCAGCAGGGAGGACAUCACCAACGCGUCGUGGGACGCGCAAUGGGAGUUAGAUAUGGACCGGGAAGAAGAGCGGUUGAUGCGUUCGGAGCACCGGAUUGCGGAAGAACGUGAAGAGAGUGUAUCGGGUGGGGAAAAGGUUGGAGUAGGAGGAGUUAGAGGGAGGGAGAGGGAGAUGUAUAAGCCGUAUCACAGUUUGAAUAGUGGGGCGGCGAGGAGGAAGGGGUUGGAUGAGGUAAAGAGGAUGUAUGAGGGUGGGGGGAGGUAUGCUACGAGUAUGCUAAGGGAUCUGGGGGCUGGGGAGUGGAAUGGGGAAGUGGCAGACGAAGAAGGGCAAGAGGAAGAAGCGCAGAACGAAGGAGUGCCAGACGAAGAAGCGCAGAACGAAGAAGCGCAAGACGAAGAACCGCAGAACGAAGAACCGCCAGACGAAGAACCAUCCCAGUCUGCUACCCAAGACGAAGAGAACGAAGACGAAGAACCACCCUAUCCCGCCAGCCAAGGAAACGAAUCCUCCAUCUCCCUCCCCUCAAACCCCUACCCCGAAGACGACUUCCUCCUCCCCCUAACCCGACAACCCGCGCGAACCACACCUCCGCCCUUCCCCUCCCCUCCCAACCUAAUCAUCCACCCAAACUCCUCACCGGGACUAUCGAUACCAUCAAACCCUUACCCAGAAGACGCACCGUCCUCACCAACCUCCUUCUCCCAGCCCCCUCCACCACCACCACCACCACCCCGACCCACACAAUCCCCCUCCCCAUACUACCGCGCCGUAACACCACCUACCCCCCACUCUCGACGAUUCCCGAUAUAUCCGUGUGACAGAACGAUUUCGCCUAUUAGUCCGUUUAAUGCGAGUAGGCAUUUGAUUUCUGCGGAGGGGACGGCGUCGAGCCUGAGUUACCGGAUUGAGCAUCGACAGGAAGGAAAUGAUGGUUACAGCAAUGAUGGUGAUGGUGUAGAAGGGGGGUAUACGUAUGCGCCUAAUCAUCCUUACCACGGUAUGGACGAAGAAGGGAUGAGGGAGUAUUGGCAUGCGCUUGAGGGGUAUCAUACGGAGAGUGAGCGAAAUUUGAAGAGAAGGGGGGAAGGGAGGGGGAGGAGACGGACGGUGUCUUCGCCUGUGCAGUAUGAUCCCGAGAGGGUGUUUGGGUCCGUGGGGGAGAGCUAUGAGGGUGGUGGAGGUGAGGGCGGAGAAUGGGAGGAUGAGGUUAGGCGGCGGUAUCUGGACGCUUUGAGUGGUGAAGAGAGGAGAAUGGCGGAAGAAGAGGACGAGGAGGAGUUCGCCAUGAGAACCGCAGCCGGAGAAACCAAUGCGGGGAAUAAGAACAUGAUGAACCGGCUUCUGCGCACCUUCGCAUGUCGACCCGGAACCGUCACACCAAUCCAAACUACCAUCCCCACUCCAACCAACACAAACACACCCACCACACCCGCAAUACCCACAACCCCAAAGAAAUACACCCUAGCCUACCUCUCCCACAAGAUAGGCCGAACCCAAAAAAGAGAAGAAGAAGCAAAACUCCGAGAACGCCUCAUGGCCCUCCGCCUAGCUGAACCCUCUGCGCCGCGAACCCACCACAUCGAAUACAUCAACAACCCCACAGAAAUCCCCGUUCUCAUACCCAAACCCAAAGCGAAGAGGAGGAAAGACAGCACGCAACCCAAUCCACCUUCUCUUGUCCCGAACCUACAAAGUCGGACGCAGAGUGUUAUUGGUCCGCCGGUUGGGCUUUCGCAGAUGAUUCAGAGGGCGCCGGGGAGUGUUAGGGUGGUGACGCCUUUGCCUGUUCCUGCAUCUUCGGAGACAGGGUCUUCGGAUGGAGAGAGGGGGGAAGAGGUUGAAGAGGAGGUCCAGAGAGGACCCAGACAAGAGCACUCAGGCUCAAGUCUCUCGGAUCGGUUACGGCAAACGCAACUUGAAGAUCUACCUCUGCAACAGGAUGCAGCAAGGGAGAUACGGGAUUUGAUGAUGGCGCUUGAACGGGAUCAACACCACCUUAUUACCAAGCCUACGCCGCCAUCGCAUAGCGGCACAGCAUCCUACGAUAUCGACACGCAAAGACCACCUAUCCAACGAGCAGAUGAACUACCUGGUGGCUUCUCGACCCCAUCACCCCAGGCCAGUGUUUCCCCCCACGAAACUCUUGAACGACACUUCCGCACACAACGCCAAGUCAAUGAGCGUUUCAUCCGUCCCAUUCGUGCGAUAACUUCGCAGUCGAGUAGUCGGACGCUGCCGAGGAGUUAUAGGGUACCGGAGGGGCAUAGUGGCGGGAGGGGUGUGCUGAGGAUUAGGAAUUUGGUGGUGCAGGGGGAGGGAGAGGGAGAAGGGGAGGAAGUUGAGGGUGAAGUUGGGAUCGAUGACAGGAAUGGUGGUGGGAGUGCAAGCAGGAUUGUUGAGAAUGAGCGAACUGGCACUGAGGAGUUGGAGACGGAUGCAGAAGAAGAAAAGAAGGAGACUUUGCUGCGAGACAUUCCCGAUGGGAAUGGUGGGGACGAUAUACCAUAG